AUGGAUGAGCUCGUUCAUAUUAUGAAAUGCAAGGAUAAAUACCAAAGGUUUGUUAUCCCUAUUUUCUAUGAUGUAGAUGCAUCAAAUGUUCGCAAACAAAAUGCAAGAUUUGGAGAUGGAUUUGUGGAGUUGAAGCAGAGAUUUAAACACAACCAAGAAAAAGUGCAAGAGGGGACAAAUGCUUUGAUCCAAUCAGCAAAUCUGUCUGGGUGGGAUUCAAAGAAUUUCAGGCCUGAAUCCAAACUUGUUAAAAAAAUUGUUGAAGACAUUUUGAGCAAAUUGAAUCGCAAGUCAUUCUUUCAUUUGGAAGGACUAGUUGGAAUUGAUCAUCAGAUUCAAAAAUUGAAAAGCUACUAA